GAUUCUGGGAGGUGUGGCAGAAACAGCAAUGGUCUCUCCAGGGAAGGAAAACUGUUUGAACUUGAACAUUUGGAGUUUGCUGGUUUCUGACGAUUCUUGAGGCCUAGGAAGGCACCCCCAAAAGAAUUCAGAGGAUCUGACAAUGUCUCUGUAUUGUAGAAUAGCUUUCAGAGGAAAAUCCUUUUGUUGCUAUAGGCUGCUGUCAACCUAUGUCACUAAGACUCGGUAUUUAUUUGAACUGAAAGAAGAUGAUGAUGCAUGCAAAAAAGCCCAGCAGACAGGAACAUUUUACCUCUUUCACAGCCUGGCUCCUUUGCUUCAGACAUCAGAACAUCGAUACCUGGUCCCUCGGUUUAGCCUAUCAGAGUUGGAAAGGCUCCUGAGUAAAUUUGGACAGAAUGCACAAAGAAUAGAAGAUUCGGUGCUGAUUGGAUGCUCUGAACAGCAUGAAGCAUGGUUUGCUCUGGAUCUAGGUCUGAAUAGCUCCUCUUCCACACAUGCCUCCUUACCAAAAUCUGAAAUGGAGACAGAACUCAAGGGGUCUUUCAUUGAGCUGAGGAAGGCUCUCUUUCAACUGAAUCCAGUGGAUUCCUCCUUGCUAUUCACAGCUCAGUCUCUUCUCCAUUGGCAUGAUGGCCAUCAGUUCUGCAGCAGAAGUGGGCAGCCCACCAAGAAGAACAUGGCUGGCAGCAAGCGUGUGUGUCCUUCCAAUAAAAUAAUCUAUUAUCCACAGAUGGCACCUGUUGUGAUCACUCUGGUGUCUGAUGGGACCCGAUGUCUGCUUGCCCGCCAGAGCUCCUUUCCCAAGGGACUAUAUUCUGCUUUGGCAGGUUUUUGUGAUAUGGGUGAAAGUGUGGAAGAGGCUGUCCGAAGGGAAGUUGCAGAGGAGGUGGGAUUGGAGUUGGAAAGACUGCAGUACUCUGCAUCCCAGCACUGGCCCUUUCCUAACAGCUCACUCAUGAUUGCUUGUCAUGCAACCGUGAAACCAGGGCAGACAGAGAUCCAGGUGAACCUGAGAGAACUAGAGGCAGCUGCUUGGUUUAGUUAUGCUGAGGUGGCUGCAGCCCUAAAGAGAAAGGGCACCUAUAUUCAGCAACAGAAUCAAAGUUUCCCAUUCUCCGUGCCCCCUAAGUUAGCCAUUGCCCACCAACUGAUUAAGGAGUGGGUAGAAAAACAUGCCUGUUCUUCCCUGCCUGAUUAACCCAGAUCAAGCCAUCAAGAUCCCUCCUAGGUAUUGUUGAAGGGCCUACCAGAGAUCCAUUGUAAAGGUGAGGUAACACAAGGCCAAGGACAACCUCAGGUAAACCCACAGUAAGACAGGCUCUAUCAGCAAUGUUAAUCUAAAAAGUUUCUACUAACUGGUAGUCAAGAAUGCCAGUGUAAGCUGGGUACAGUGGUGCAGGCCUGCGGUCCCAGCUACUUGGAAAGUUGAGGCAGGAGGAUCACUUGAGCCCAGGAGUUUGGGGCUAACCAGGGCAACAUAGUGAGACCCCAUCUCUCAAAAUAAAAUGCCAGUGUGAUAAGAAAAAUGAAUGAGAUGUCAACUAUCAAAAUCAGAGGGAAGCGUAAAGAUUAGUGUGGAUAUAGACCUCUGAUCACUCAUUUUCUCUCAGGCAUUAGGAGCAAACAUCUGGUAUAUGGCUUGUUAAUGCUAUGUUUACAAUAACUGCCAAAAUGUGCCUGGGGUAAUUUUGGUGAAAACCUUUAUUUUAGUACUGAAAAUAUGUAGCAAAUUUUAAAUCACUAUUGAGUUACUUUUCCCCCAGAAUUUUGAAAAAUUGUGCAAUGUAACAUUUGUGAAUUUGUAUACAGGUACAUUCUUGUAUAUGGUAAUCAAAUAAAACUUGUAUUUCCUUAAAUCACCUGAAGGGUUGAGGAAAGAAGAGGGAUCGCAGGUCUUCCUUGGAGUACUCUGCAAUAAAUCAGAGGUAGUGAGUUUCCAUUAGAAUCUUAGUGGGGCUCAAGACGAUUGAAGACUCUUUUGUGUUCUCAGCUCUGUAACUUGCUCAAUUUGAGUCAUUGAAAGGACUAUCACUUUGCUGUGCUUGUUUUCUUAAGUGUAAAAGAGUCAUUGGUAUUUACACACCCAGAAAGUGCUGAUUAAUUUCAAUUCAGGGAUUAGCAAGGAUAAGCAAAGGUCAAAUCUGAACCAUUCUUGAGCUUUAUGGGAUAAACCAAAUUUAGGAUAACUCAUCAUUCAUAUAGCUAGAUCUAUACCUUGUCAUAAGUGAGGGGUGAAUUUGGAGAAAAUAAAAUACAUUUCCACACCUUUACUCAGAUGUAUUUUUUUUCCUGUCCUAUGAAUUAAAGAAAUUUUGCAACAUGAGAAUGGGAUUGGGCAGGAAAGAUCCCUUUUUUGGUGUGACAAUAAAAUAUUUUAAGUGUACUUUCAAAGUCUGCAGCACAGCUGAAACCAUGUGUAGAAGAAGAGCUAUCAGAGGUCCAGCUGAACAGAAUAACUGCAGGAAGAACCAUUUCUUCAGAUGAUUCUAGGCUCUGAUUUGUGACUAAAAGGCACAAGCCCCAAAGAUCCUUAAGAUUAUUCACACAUUAAAGUCCCCCAGGACUAAGCAAAAGAGAUUCUAGGAUUAGAAAAGUUGGAGCAUUGAACUUCCUUUUGACCUCAAAGGAUCAUUGCUAUCUUCCCUGCCAGCAAACCAUCAAAUGCUGUGGGGAAAUCAAAGUGCCUUCAUCUGCAGUUGUUGAGGGAUAAAAUGUGAUGGGACUUGAUUGGCCUGUUAGAUUGGCAUCUUGCCUUUCCCUGGGAUGAACCCAGCAUGUAGAAAGGAAUGCACUUAGGAAAGAGAGGACCUGAGAUUUCUUCAUAUUUUGUAGUCAGAAGAAAACAGUUCAGGGUCCAUGUGUAUUACUGUCUGCCAAUCAUUUCCAUCUCUGUGGGUGUGUUUGUGAGCACAUGUGCACACAUCCCCAAUCUGAAAUACUGUUAAAAGGGGUAGUGUGCAGGAUUCUGGUUAUGAGUUUCUCAAACUUACCAUGGAGUAAUUGUUUGCUUUUUGAUUAAUGUGUUUUUUUGGAAAAGAAGAGACUGACUAACAGAAGUCACAACAUUGAACUUUGCUUUCCCAGCACAAGUAGGAAAAGGGCUUUGCUAUAGAAAAUAAUAUCUGAAAACUGAGGUGGAAUGCAAGGUUAGGGUACUGAAAAAGGCAGAUAAAUAGAAGAAACUGAUAUAAGGUUUUGGGACUAGAGAGUGAAUGUAUGUGGCAAUGAGUUAUGGAGGUGCUAAAAAUAAACAAAAUUCAGCUGAAUCCAGGAUGCAGCAUAGCAAAAACAGGCAAAAUCUUAAAACAAAUAUAUUUGUUACCAGCAUGAGCUUGGCUUAAGGUCAGGUAACCAUGGUAACAGAAAUAAAGCAACAAAUUCAUUCCGUAUUUUUGCCUGUUUCCCUUUCUCUAUUCAACAUUUAAUCUUCAAUGAAGAUAAACUUCAUGUACCACAAAUACAUUGUGGGAAAACCUAUUUCUCAUAAUCAAUCUGGAAUAGCAUUCUUAACCAGUGGAAUGUAACUUGGAAGCAAAUUGUAAGAAUGUAUUUACUUAAAACAUUUUAAACUGUUAACAUUAUUUAAAAUAUUGCCUUAUGUAAUAAAAAGGAACAUUUUUCUCUGAUGCUUUCUUAAGUCCUAGUGCAGUGCUUUUCCUGUUCCUCAAUUCAUUUUUGUCAAUGUUGCUAUGAAAACAAGAGGGAGGACAGGGGGAGAGGAUGAUAUAGUUGGUGACAUUAAGUUCACAAACUAUACAAGUUUCUCCUAAUUCCUCCCUUCGUCACUAAAGAGGAACUGUAUGGAAAAGAGUAGGCACGCUUUAUUCAUGGGUUCUGUAUCCUUGGAUUCAACAACUGUGGGUUAAAAUUUUUUGGAAAAAAGUUUCGUCAGUAAACAUCAACUGUACCUGUUUUUUUUUUUUUUUUCUUGUCAUUAUUUUCUAAGAAUACACUGCAAUAACUAUUUACACAGCACAUACAUUGUAUUAGGUAGUAUAAGCAACCUGGAGACAUUUUAAAGUAUAGAGGAGGAUGUGCACAGGUUGUAUGCAAGCACUGUGCCAUUUAAUAUACGUGACACAAGAACUCAUGGGGUUUGACCUGGGGUGGGGGUCCUGGAACCAAUCCCCCAUGGAUACUAAGGGACAAUUGUACUUUCACCAUUACUCUCACACGGCAAGAUAUCCUAAGAGCAUAUUUUUUCUGCAUAUAAUAAUAGUAAGGAACCCAAUGUGGUGGUGCAGGCCUAUAAUCCCAGUGGCUGGGGAGGCUGAGGCAGGAGG